UGACUAUCCAAGCGUGUACCGGAUACAGUUUUAAGGGCUUCCUCAUACAGCCCCGACUCGUCCAGUUUUACGAGCAGGAUGUCAAAGUGGGUGUCUUCGGAAACUACCUCAACUCUCAAUUUAAAUAUGCAUGUCCCGACACCAGACUGGGAACCCGCGGUCAGGCACUGACCCACGUCGAGGCUUCAGACAAGACGGUUAUGAGAUUUGUUUGGCAAGCUCCACAGGUACCACAGGGUCACGUGGUGUUCCGGGCGACAAUCCUGCAGCAGUUCAAUACGUAUUGGAUGGCAGUUAGCUCGCCAGUGGUAUAUGACCAGUUCAGUAACGUCCGCUUGACUCAACAACAGAUACUGACCAUGACGACUCCAAUGUCAACCGCGUGUACCCAGACUGUCAACUCCACCACAUCCCCUUCGACCCCUACAACAACUACCACUACCACUCCAAAACCCACGACCACAACGCCGACAACCACUACCACUACAACGCCGACAACCACCACCGCAACGACGACCACUACACCUAAGCCUACCACCACCACUACCACCACUACCACUACAACUACAACACCGACCACCACUACCACAACACCUACAACCACUACCACCCCGACCACAACAACUCCUACUACCACUACCACCCCGACCACAACAACUCCUACUACCACUACCACCACCACCACCGAGCCGACCACCACUACCAAACCAACAACUCAAAGGCCCGCUACAACUCCGAAAGUUCCAGAUCCAGGGACUUUGACGAUACCCCCGGACAUGCGCUGUAAUGUGACCAGAGGCUGCCAUCAUGACUGUAGGGGGCCCUACUGUUCCUUCAUCAUUGGCUGGGUGGACAAAGGCGAUUCCAUCGAUUUUGAAAUACAAACUGUUGUCAAGGAAAGAGGUGAUAAAUGGAUAGCCAUUGGGUUCUCCUACGAUCGAAAUAUGGGAUCCGACAGCGUGACGGAGUGUGUGACGACAUCCGGUUACGUCAGCGUGUUCCAGUCUUACAAUAAGGACACGCGCAUUAAUUCAAGACUAAGGAAC